AUGGACGCUUCCACAUCGAGAGACUCCGACAAGAAACACAAAAUGGACGGGAGCGGAUUCUGCGAGCUUCCGAAGAAACCCUCCGAGACGAGAGCCCCCCACCACAUCUUCCCCACCUUCCACACUCCCAUCCCGAUUGACAUGCGGCACCACGAGGGCCGGUACCACUACGAGCCUCACGCGCUGCACGCCAUGCACGGCCCUGCAGGUUUGGCUGGCAGCCCCGUCAUCUCCGAUAUCUCCCUGAUCCGUCUCUCCCCCGCCGCCACCGGAGACUCCCCCUUCAGCCCGCCUCACCCGUACGCCAACCCCCACAUGGAGCACUACCUACGCUCGGUACACGGCAGCCCCAGCCUGUCCAUGAUCUCUGCAGCCAGAGGACUCAGCCCUGCAGACUUGGCCCAUGAGCAUUUAAAAGAGCGAGGGCUGUUCGGGCUCCCUCCUCCCCCCGGGGCCAGCCCGGCCGAGUAUUACCACCUGAUGGCGAGCCACCGGAGCCCCUACGGAGAUCUGCUCAUGCAGGGGGCGGGGGCCGCCGGGGCCCACCUGUCCGACUACAUCUCCCCCAUCGACGUGUCGCGCUUCUCCAGCCCCCGUCUGACACCCAGGCUGAGCAGGAAGAGGGCACUGUCCAUCUCGCCGCUGUCCGACGCCAGCAUCGACCUGCAGACGAUGAUCCGCACCUCGCCCAACUCGCUGGUUGCCUACAUCAACAACUCGCGCUCCAGCUCUGCCACCAGCAGCUCCUACGGACACCUGUCGGUGGGAGGACUCAGCCCGUCCUUCCCGUUCCCUCACCCCAUCAACCCGCUGGCGUACCAGCAGCUCCUCUCGCAGCAGCGUGGGCUCAGCGCCUUCGGCCACACGCCGCCGCUCAUCCAGCCUCCGCCCUCCUUCUCCAGCCGCCAGCCGGGCCUCGGCCUCUCCUCGCUGCACGUCUCCGCCCACAACAACGACCUGCCGUCCAAGAACCACGGUGGCGACCCGGCAGUCAGCAGCACAGUCGACCCCAUGAUCACCAAAAGGUCAAAGGUCAAGACUGAAGCAGAGGGACUGAGGCCGCUGUCGCCUUGUUCACCGAACCAUCGCGGCAGCUUGUUGGACUUGAAGGACGACGUGGAUCGGGACGACUGUAAGCAGGAGCCCGAGGCCGUGUACGAGACCAACUGCCAGUGGGAGGGCUGCAGCCGGGAGCACGACACGCAGGAGCAGCUGGUGCACCACAUCAAUAAUGACCACAUCCACGGAGAGAAGAAGGAGUUUGUGUGCCGCUGGGAGGAGUGUUCGCGGGAGCAGAAGCCCUUCAAAGCUCAGUACAUGCUGGUGGUUCACAUGCGCCGGCACACAGGGGAAAAACCACACAAGUGCACGUUCGAGGGCUGCGCUAAGGCCUACUCCCGUCUGGAGAACCUCAAAACACAUCUGCGCUCGCACACGGGAGAGAAACCGUACGUGUGUGAGCACGAAGGAUGCAACAAAGCCUUCUCCAACGCCUCGGACCGAGCCAAACACCAGAACCGGACACACUCCAACGAGAAACCCUACGUGUGUAAGAUCCCCGGCUGUACGAAGCGCUACACGGAUCCCAGUUCCCUCAGGAAGCACGUGAAGACGGUCCACGGCCCGGAGGCCCACGUCACAAAGAAGCAGCGCAGCGACCUGCCGCCGAGGCCGCCGGCGCCCAAGGAGAACGGCGAGAACGAGACGGGGAACAGAGACAGAAUCCAGAGGGAGGACAAGAUGUCCGACAACAGCUCCCCCAGAGGCAGGGAGGACUACCUGCACGUCAAAUCCAUCAAGACGGAGAACUCUGUGAUGUAUCAGUCCAGCCCUGGCGGUCAGUCAUCAUGUAGCAGCGAACCAUCGCCACUUGGCAGUGCCACCAACAAUGACAGUGGAGUAGAAAUGGCGGCGCACAGCGGGGGGAGCCUGGGGGACCUCAGCACCCUGGACGACCUGCCCUUUGUGGAGUCCCUGGGCUGUGAAGAUUCAACCGGCGGGGUCGCGGUGAUGGGUCUACACUUUCGAAAGCAGUUCGGCACCAGCCUUCGCCUGGAGCAUCUGAAGAAGGAGAAGCUGAAGACAGUGAGGGACUCGUGUCGGUGGGCCAGCAGCCCAGCGGCUCCGGUCCUCGGCACCAAGCUCCCACCCAUACCAGCAAGCGGGUUCUUCCUGGAGAGCCCAAGUAUGGGUGGUGAUCCGGUGUCCUUCCCUGGUUCUGGCUUUGGUGAUCUGAGCUCUGGUAAAACGACUCUGCUGGAACACCUUUCAGAGCGCCGUGACAGCACAUCCAGCACCCUGAGCUCAGUUUACACCCUCAGUCGCCGCUCCUCAGGCAUCUCCCCGUGCUACUCAAGUCGGCGCUCAAGCCAGGCCUCGCAGUUCGGUUCCAACCGCCCCAGCAACCUUAGCUCUGCCGACUCCUACGACCCCAUCUCGGCCGACAUGUCCCGGCGCUCCAGUCAGAACAGCCAGAGUGGGGGAGGCAGCGGAGGAGGGGGCUUACCCAGCCCUCUCAGCCUGACCCCAGCCCAGCACUACCGCCUCAAAGCAAAAUACGCGGCUGCCACUGGAGGUGCACCGCCUACGCCUCUUCCAUACAUGGACCGAAUGUGUUUGAAGACCCACACCGCACUGUACGGGGACUCCCAGGAAUCGUCCAGCACCAACAAAGGCCUGCCUUCCAGACAGUACAGCAGCUACACCACACGGAGCCUGAUGCCCCAUGAGGUCCCGUCUAACAUCCCCCGCCGAGCCAGUGACCCCGUGAGACGCGUGGCCAUUGAUAAUACCAGCCAGCCACAAAUGCAGCGCUACAACAGCAUGGGCACACUGAGUGGAGCAGUGACCAUGCAGCCGCAUCUGCCUCCUGCAGCAGACCGCCAACAUUUAUCCCAGAAACCGGACGUUAGUCCCCACCGCUACCCUUACAGCCUGCGACCACCCAGCAUUUCAGAAAAUAUCACCAUGAGGAUGAUAACGGGUGACAUCCCAGAAGAAGAUGUGAUGCUGCCUGACCUCAGCACUGACAACAGAGGGUCAACAAAUCAACAAGAUUUUCAAGGUACCCCCAAUCUCCAGCAGCAUUCGUACUAUCAGAGAAGGAUGGCUGUUGUGAAUACCAACAUGAACCUGCAGCAUCAGGUUUUAGCCCCCUCCAGCAUGGGUCCAGGGCAGCAGCGUUCAUCUUCACCGAGGGACAGUAAGGCCAACUUACUUGCUCAGUGGAACAAAGCCUCUUCGGGACCCAUGGAUGCCAGCCAGCACUACUCAAAGCUCCAGGCUCGAGGGAACCUGGCUGUCCUCCAGCAAAACCAGAACGUUGGAUCUUUUCACAACAGCAUCAACCAGCAGAUGAUUCAAAACCUCGUCAACACAACGCAGCAGAGAUGCAAACAGCUGAAUACUGAACCCGGAGCAAACGGCUUCCAACAGCAGAGAUGCCCGCAGUCGUCAAAUCUCAAUGAAGCCCUUAGCUCUCCGUACAGGUUUAACAAAGGCAUCAGUCCCUAUGAUAGGAACGGUAACACGUAUCCCCAGUGCAACAGCCCCACAUGCAAACAGGAGCCUGCUGACACGGAGCCUGUGGACAUGCACUUUGCUGAUGCUGGAUUUCAGCCAGUGCAAGUUAAAAUUGAGGACUGUGAUGUAUCCAUCAUGAUUUCAGAUCAGCAGAACUGUGACAUGACCUCCCAGAAUCCUUUGCAAACUGGGAAUCAGAGUCACCUCCAGCCAGUGCCACCAACAGGACCUACACCUCUAAACAGGCACCUUUCAGGGCCAAAAGCGGUGCAGCAAACACGGCACCAAAGUAACGCUACCCCGGAUGUUGCUUCCAAAUUACCCAGUGGAGUUUUAGGACUUCAAUGCAGCGACAACUCUGAUGACAAUGCCUUGUAUUACACAGGGCGGAUUCAAGUGUUUGAGCCCAACAGGAACUUGGAGCAUCAUGUUUCUCCUGUGAAUGCACCUCCUUUUGAAAGCGACGCAGCGUCCCCCAGUUCAGGCAACAAGCCAACGCCUGUAGACUGUAACGCAGUUCUGGAGCAGCCGCAGAUAGACUUUGAUUGCAUGCUGGACGAUGGGGAUCACUCCAGCGUCAUGUCGGGAACCCUGAGUCCAGGUCUGCUCCAGAGCUUGUCCCAGAGUUCCUCUCGCCUGACAACGCCCAGGAACUCUGCGACGUUGCCCUCGCUGCCGGCGGGGACGGGGAACAUGGCCAUCGGGGACAUGAGCUCGUUGCUGACCGCUUUGGCAGAAGAGAGCAAGUUCCUCAGCUCGAUGUCGUAGCAAACUGUUUUUCAAAACUCCUGAUGCACAAUAGACCUUCAACCAACUUAACAUUGAUGUGAUUGUGUGCCAAAAAGCCUCUGCAGUGUGUGACGCUUGUUUUCUUGUACAGCCUCAUUUGUUAAUUAUUAAAAAUGGCAGAUUUCUAUCUUUUUGAAAAGCCAUAUUCCUGUUUUUUCGCCUUAGGUAGUAAAUAUGACGUGCACAACAGAAUUAUUUCAGUUGUUGUACAGGUAUGCAGUAAGAUCAGUUUACUAAGUGCCUAGCUCCGCCAAAACAUAUGCAUCUUGUGCAUAUGAUUACAUUUUAAAUGUACAAACCAGGUGAUUAUCUGAUACCUGAAUAUUUGGAAUGUACCAUCAACUUGUUUUACACUGUAAAUUCAUUUCUGCUGGAGGAGAGUUCUCCUCCAUUCAUCACAGCGGUCCCUGUCCUCUGUGAGACAUUAUUUGAUUGCUGCAUUGCUGCUGAGAUUAACUGUGACAUCUCCAUGUCGGGCAUCAGAGACUUGAUUUGGGACUGAAUUAUGAACCCAUGCAUAAAUUGGUUGUGCUCCCGCAGCGAGA